UGAGCAAAGAAUAAGAAAAAGCAAAUAGCAGAAGAAGAGACCUGAACGGUUGAUAAACACAUGAAACAGUAUUCAGCCUCACUAGUAAUCAUGCUUUCCCAGUCACUUUGCAUCGAUAUAUAUUUUGGUUUGUGCCCCAUCUCAACCAGACCAAAGAGGAGGGUUCAGCACUUUAAGAUGAGAAAAGUUGAUCUCUGUUUGAGCUCUGAAGGGGCUGAAGUGAUUUUAGCUACAUCAAGUGAUGAAACACACCCACCUGAAAAUAUGAUUGAUGGGAAUCCAGAAACAUUUUGGACCACCACAGGAAUGUUUCCCCAAGAAUUCAUUAUUUGUUUUCACAAACAUGUAAGGAUUGAAAGGCUUGUAAUCCAAAGUUACUUUGUGCGGACUUUGAGGAUUGAAAAGAGCACAUCUAAAGAGCCCGUUGAUUUUGAGCAAUGGAUUGAAAGAGAUCUAGUACACACAGAAGGGCAGCUUCAAAAUGAAGAAAUUAUGGCACGUGAUGGACAUGCCACUUACUUGAGAUUCAUUAUUAUGUCAGCCUUCGACCAUUUUGCAUCUGUACAUAGCAUUUCUGCAGAGGGCACAGCACUCUCAAAUCUUUCUUAGUAAUUAUAACAAGAUGUCUGGCAUGAUGUUUUAACAAUAUAUUUAUUUAAAUGUGAGGUUCUUUUAUAUACUUUAUUAAAGGGAUUUGUAUCAGUCUA